AUGUUUCGCAAACAGAAAGCUCGUCAGAUUCUAUAUGAAUACAAAAUUCGAGGGAUACGAAGAAACGUUAAUGAGUGCGGUGUUUGUACUGGUCACUCUAUCUGCAUCUAUGGUUUGUUCAUUAUCCGUGGUGUUUGUAUCGGGAUCUUUGGUGACGCUCUCUGUGAUGCUGGUCCUCGCUUGGAUAUUAUCUCUGGGCGUGGAAACUGCAUUGACCAAGCUACAACGCUCAACACUAUUGAUGUGGUUGAUAGUAUCAUUGUCGGUGCUCUUAAUAUUGUGGACGCUUCUGCAAGUGAUAUUGCUAUCACUGAUUUCACUGUAGCUGUUGACAUUGCUUUUCAUGGAAGGAUACUCUUUUAUUUUAUUUUGGCAGUUAUUGCUGUUGUCACCGUUUCUUUUACUGGUUUAUUGCAAAUUCCGUUCGAAAUUACUGUGGACAUUUUGGAUUCUCGCCAGGCCAAAACAACAGUUUUUGGGAUCGGAAUUUUUGAAUACGAGUUUCAGCUCUCCCAGGAAGUUGUCCCCUACUCCAUUAGGAGGACGUGCAAAGGAAAUAUGAACUUGGAAGAUAACACUGUUUUAAUAUCUUGUAAGAAUUUCUUUGGGAGUGCAUUUCUUGGUGAUAUUCCAGCUGAUAUCGACCGUUGCACGAUUUUCAUUCAGCUGCCAAAUAGAGCUUGGAAUCUUUGCAUUAUUCCGGCUUUCGAUUUUUCUGGAUCAGACGAUACUGUUGUGAAAUCAGUGUUUAAAGUAUUCUUUGGUCAGCCCCAUAUAUUUCAUAUUUUCAUUUGUGGUGUUCUGGUUAGUAUUCGUAGAUUUAAUUCCUGUAUCAUAACGAGGGCCUCGGUGUUGCAUAAUGAAUUCAGCGAUACAGAAGUGGCAGCAUUGUUGGGUAAAUUUUUACUGAAGAAAACCAUUAUUCAACGAGAUGAUAUCAGGGCCUUGAAGGCCACGUUACAUGAGAAGGAACUUGAAAUUACGCAUGUGAAGAAAGAAAACCGGAAGAUGAAGAAAUUGGAACAUGAUCGCACAAAUCUGUUCGGAGAGAUAGAAGAGGAAAGGGAAAGAGAAAAAUCACGGAUGGGACGUUAUGCGUCGGAAUUAGAAAUUAGUAAAGAUACAAUAAUGAGACUGAGAGAAGAGGUAGCGUUUUUGAAGCAAACCAUUAACAAAAUGGAGAAUGAUUGUCGCAGUGUAGAAUUUGGCUUGGAAGCAGGAUCAAACCUAUCUGUCGUACAACAGCGAUGUGUGUCCCGAGAUGCGUUUCCAGGGAAGCAGAUACCCCAUCAAACUGAAAGGGAGCGCACGUUAAAAGCACUGAAAUGUGUCGAGGCGAAUAGGGAUUAUUAUAAACAGAGAUUCUUUGAAGCCGAUGAAGAAAAGAAAGAAAUGGAAUUGGAUCUAAAAGAACUACAACUUCAACUGCAGAAAGCUCUCGAUGAUGCGAGUAAAUGGGAAGAAAAAGCUUCACAGUCGAUACCAGUUGUUCAUUGGCGUAGAUAUGAAAUAACAGAUAGUCAUCUACGUGAAUGCAAUACAUGUUCAUCAAGACAUGAAUACGAACUCGCGUCAAUGGGCUUAAAAAAAGAAAUCGAAAUUGAGACGGGUCGAAUUUUCAACAUGGCGGAUUUUGAAACGCAUAAAAGAUGGAGAAUAAGGGAAGCCGUUUUUGGAGAUUUAUUCCGACGGUUAACGGAAUUUGUACGGAAUUGGCUAACACAUAAUAAUUCUGAUUAAAAGGUCGACGUUGCUAAUAUUGUUGCUGUGUACCCCAGCAUGAUUGCUGAUAGAUCAGACAUAAUGAAAAGCAUUUCGGUUAUUACUAUCUUGUAAUCUUUAUGUAUCUCUUGAAAGUAGAAGAGAUUGCAAAUAAAAUCUUUAAUGUA